AGAACACCGCGAUUCCGCAGAGCGCAGAUGAUCGCAACUGGUGUUUGUGGCGUCGCGCUGGUGCUGGUGUUGGUGGUUCUGAUCCCCGUCGUGGUGAACUCCGCCGGGAGCCCUGCCCGGUACGAGAUGCUCGGAUCAUGUCAAAUGGUGUGCGACUCCCAUGGGACCGCAGCCACGGCCACGGUCAAAACGACCAACCCGAUCAAAGACAACCGCCUGGUCCAGUCGCUUCCGACGUUCGUCCAAGGUCCUCAAGGAGAGCCGGGGCGCUCCGGGAGGAUGGGUCCAAGGGGUCCGGUCGGCGAGCCCGGACCGCCUGGACCUGCUGGUCAGCCCGGGGAAAGAGGGGUACCGGGCCCGCCGGGUCCACCCGGAGACCCCGGAGCGAAUGGCCCCAACGGUGCCAUCAGCGCUGCCACUUACAACACAGUACCAAAGAUUGCGUUUUACGCAGGACUGAAGAAGCAGCAUGAGGGAUAUGAAGUGCUGAAAUUCGACGACGUUGUCACAAACCUGGGGAACCACUACGAUCCAUCUUCAGGAAAAUUCACCUGCUCAAUACCGGGGAUUUACUGCUUUGUUUACCAUGUGCUGAUGCGAGGCGGGGAUGGAACCAGCAUGUGGGCUGACCUCUGUAAAAACAACCAGGUGAGAGCCAGCGCCAUCGCCCAGGACGCCGACCAGAACUACGACUACGCCAGCAACAGUGUUGUCCUGCACCUGGAGCCCGGGGACGAGAUUUACAUCAAACUGGACGGCGGGAAGGCGCACGGGGGCAACAACAACAAGUACAGCACGUUCUCCGGCUUCAUGUUGUACGCUGAUUGAAACAUGGAGACGCCGCGCGGUGGGAGGGCAUCCACUCUGCACAUAGCUUUUUCUGCUUCAUUGCUCAGUCUCGGUUCAAUGUCGGUUGGAUUAUUAGAGACAGAGCUCACCAUUUCCAUAUUGCAAAACACCCCAAGGAUGAAGUGGAGGAAGGCAUGCGGAGAAAAUAAAAAAAAAAAAAAAGAGUAAAGGACUGUACUUAGCAAUAGCGAUGCUCUCCCAGUGUAAUCACAGGAUAGGGAGAGUGAACCUUAAUUUGUACAUUGUUGAAAUGUCCCCUUGUCAGACUGAUUUGCGCACUUUGAAUGAACUCUCGCUUUACAACUUCAGUUUGCUGACAUGUCAAACAUACUGUAGAUGCCGUGG